GUGCCAUUUCCAUGGCAACUAACCCUCAGCAAACUAGAAGCGCGUUUCAGAUUUAGUUCUGCUAGUAAAUUGCGUACAAAACUUCUUCCAGAGAUUCUUUUUUGUGGAUAAAGGCGAUGGACCGGAACUAUUAUCAACAGCAGCACCAAACUGGUAGCCGGCCGUGGCUAACCAAGACGCCUGCACCGAAUGAUCCAUGGCAGUCUACAACUCACGCUACCUACACACCUCCGAGGAACGAUCUUAUGAAGCGAGAAGGUCGCCGUAAGCUGCUGUUGGAACGCUGCCUAUAUCAAGAAAUGGAUGAAGCAAUGACAAGCGAAAUGUCUAAACCAAAUCCUAUAGAAGAGUACAAAACUGAAUAUGGGGAAGCCAUCGGCGUUCCUAACUUCGUCCCAAGCAUGGACAAUAUUCCGAACGACUCAAAGCUACACAAAAAGUACCCACUGCACAGAGGCGCUCCAAGGUCAUUCUACCAAGAUGACAGAGGACACCUGGUAGGUCUCACACCUGCAGCUGACCCUUUGGCGAUCUUCAAGAAGAAUUCAGCCUUUACCAAACCGUUGCACGAAAUACUGGACAAUCAUAUUACGCUGCUGUAACUGCAUAAACAAAAAUGUUUACCAGCACUCCAGGAAAUGGAUCUCCAGAGGAUGUGAAAAUAUAUAUUUUUUUAAUUUCAAUCAUGAAAAAGGAUUGCCCUGUGGUUGAAUGUUUUAAUUUCGACAGAGAGUCAUCGCUUUUCGGUGAAUAAAUGCUAACAUAUUUCUUUAGAAUACCAUUUAUUUCUUAAAAUAUCCAUAAAUAUACAAGUUCAUUAUUUGUACCAUUUUACAUGACACUACAUACAUGAAUAAUAUUUACACUCAGGUUUCAGUUAAGUACUCUCCUUAUAACAUGAGCAGGAAUACACUAUUAUAAUAUUAUUUCUGUACUUAUCUUUGUUAUAAGUCAUUGCCCUACAGUGUGGAUUAUAAUGUAAACUUUGCUAAAACAAAUAUAUCAGCAUUAUAUUUUGUCUUAUACUUAUAUUAUCAUGUUCUAAUUUUUCAGAGUUAAGUAACCAAAUUUAAAUUAUACAGCUGGUAUAAUGAUCACUUUGCUCAAGAGUUCCUCUGGCAUUUACAGGUAAACGAACAUAUUUGCAUUUCCAUGGAUAGUUUAUUCAAGUGGCCUGUCCCUAAUAAUACUUUAAAUGUAAUAAAACUAUAUCUGUGAUAUUCUAUAUUGCAUUAUAUUUAUUCGUUAAAAAUUUUGUGCUCAUGCCUAACAGUGGACGUCUUGCGGCAAGCUGUAUGACAUACAGUCUAUUUAGAUAUUGAAAGUCCAAGAUUUAUUAAAUUUGCAUGUCAUGCGCAACAUCUUAAAAGUUUUGAUCUUCUGUUGGUACCAAAUGUUUUUAUUGUUAUUAAAACAGUAAGUCUAGGGUAAUAUUGACAUUUUCUGUAAUUCAAGUGAAAUUUCUAAUUUCAAGAAAUAUCCAAAGAAACUAGGAUGGUUAGCUUUUCCAAAUACUUACUAAUAAUGUCCACCAAGUACAUGAAUUGACACCGUUUUCUAUUCCAUCCAUUGUUUGUGCUUGGAGAAACUUCAGAGUAAACAAACCUAACUAUGUCACUGGUCUAUGCAUAUGUCCUUUGCAUAGAACUAAUUUUAAUAACUAGUUAUGCAGUUUUUGUCCAAACAUUCUCUGCAACUGUUUGGACUUUCAUCAAAAUUUAAAACCGAUUUAAAGAACUGGGAAGUGAGGCAAAUGAAGAACAUUUUCAUAUUCCAAACUAAAAGCCAAAGGUCAGAUUGGUCUCCAUGGUUAAUAUGUUUGAACCAUUAUUAGAACCAGUUUAUUUGCAAUAAAAUUCCAGAGACAAGCCACAAGAAUAUAACGCACGCACACACCCAAGAUAUGGGGGAGUGGAGAGUGAGGGCCAGUUCAUUAAAGCAGACCAUGAGUAGAAUUAAGUCUGUUUACAGAUAACAGACUUUGGGAUUUAGUGCAGUGAUUUUGGUAGUGUGGGGCUUCUGUUUCUUAUCAUUCUUGUAAUGGCCACUAAUGCCAAUGCAGGACCAAUAAGUCCUUGCAUUUUAACCUGAAUCAACUGCAAAGCAAACUAACUCAUUUCUCAGAUUCUAAAAAAUUGUUAUAUUCAAAAGAAUAAAAGAUACUCUCCUUUUAGUUGUCUAUUCAUAAAAACAAGAGCGAAAAUACCGAAACAUGAAGCUUGUCACUAUAUAUGCAACAACUGCAAGGUAUAUUUAAAAUAGGAAUAAAGAUUUUAAUAAGAAGACCCAGCACAGAUACACACACACAGAAAUGAUUGGUGCCUUAUGAAAAGCUUUAAGAUGAACUUACUUUUGAACUGGUCCUUACCUAGCUCCACAAAAAUCAAUUUUACACUAGCCACACUAAAAUGAAGACAAAAAAAUAGUUUUCUCAUUACUGAACCAUUAAUUACGUCUUAACAUUUCAUAUGAAGAAAUUUCGCUGAAUACAUUUUCUUUCUCAGCUGGGUCUGAGAUGCUGAAAUAUAUUAACUACUCUGCACCAGCAUGAGAUACACUUUUUAAAUAUAAAUACUGAGUUAAAAUUGUUUGCUUAGUAAAAGUACCUAAUUUUAAAUGCUGACGAAUUAUAUCUAAGGUUGAUGUUAAAUAUUGAGAAUUGACAAAACGCCACUCCUCCAAUUUCCAACCCCUACUCUCCCCUCCUAAGUAUAACCUCCCAUGGUUGCAAAUCAUUUUGUCUUGAGCUUACUACAAUUAAUAUCUUCAAAUUGUAAUGUUAUGUGUUCCAAAAAUCGUGAUUGCUUUGUUA